CCCCGCUCUGCCUUGACACAGGUCGUUGCUCUCCUGCCUGCACUCCUCUUUCACGAUCGGACUCUAUUUUCACGCUCUGUUUAGACGGUCCUCCAGACGAGCUCGCAUCCAGUGUAGGCCAUGCUUUGGCGUUUGGGCCUGCUCCUCCUGACCCUUCACCUGGCCUCUGCUCAUGUGUUCAUUGAUGGCACAACAGCUAACAAGGUUCUGACCCGGCCAAGGCGAGCCAACAGUUUCUUUGAAGAACUGAAACAAGGAAACCUUGAGAGGGAGUGCGUUGAGGAGCGUUGUGACAAGGAGGAGGCGCGUGAAAUCUUUGAGAACAACGAGAAAACUAAUGAGUUCUGGAACAUAUAUUUUGAUGGCGACUCAUGUUUGUCAAAACCCUGCGCAAAUAACGGACUGUGCAAGGAUGGGAUUGGGUCCUACUCAUGCUACUGCCCGGAGGGAUUCAAGGGCUACAACUGUGAAAUUGUCAUUCCUCAGCUCUGUGAGAACAAAAACGGCGGCUGUGAACAUUUCUGCCACGUUUAUAACCGUGGUGUUCAGUGUUCCUGUGCUGACGGCUACUACCUGGCCCCGAACUAUAAAAACUGCCACUCAAACAAGACCUUCAAAUGCGGGGCCAUCGUCAGUGACAAAGUUCGAACCAUUUUCCGUUAUGACCGGAACUCAACCCAGGCGAACGCUACGGAGCUGAGCGGGAACGAAACCUUUGCAGAGGUUGCAAACGAAAGGUACAUGCUUACAGAUGAGGCCGCCACACUGUCCUCGUCCAGCAACGGCAGCCAGACUCGACUGGAGUUCGUGGUUGAGGAAAACAUUGUCCCUCAGAGGGCAAAACACAAUCGUAUCGUCAACGGAGAGGACUGUCCGCCGGGAGAAUGUCCAUGGCAGGCCCUCCUCUUAAACGAGGACGACGAGGGUUUCUGUGGAGGAACCAUCCUCAAUGAAUAUAUCAUCCUUAGCGCUGCCCACUGCAUGAACCAAACACGCUACAUAUAUGUCAAACUUGGAAAGUUUGACGUGCUGAAGAAGGAGACGUAUGAAGCGACCCACCGUGUGGCCACCAUCAUCACUCACUCAAAAUAUACCCCCUUGACCUACAACAAUGACAUUGCACUCAUCAAACUGGAAACACCAAUCAAGUUCACCAAGUACAUUCUGCCGGCGUGCUUACCUGAACCAGAGUUCGCUGAAAAGGUACUGAUGCGCCAGCCAGAGGGGCUGGUCAGUGGUUUUGGACGUCUCGGCGAAGGCAGAGCGCCAUCCACCAUCUUGCAGCGCCUCAGCGUGCCUUACGUGGACCGACACAUCUGCAGGGAAUCCACGCCGCUAGAAAUCUUACCGCGCAUGUUUUGCGCCGGCUACGACAACGAUCCAAAGGACGCCUGCCAGGGUGACAGCGGCGGCCCACACGUGACGCGUUACCACGACACCUACUUCGUCACCGGCAUAGUGAGCUGGGGUGAAGGCUGCGCGCGCAAAGACAAAUACGGGGUCUACACCCAAGUGUCCAAGUACAUCCACUGGAUCAGAGCGGCCACCAACAGCCUGAUGGCCAAGAACAGAAUCAGCCAAAGACAAAAGAGGCAUGAUGGCGUCAUCCAGCGACUGGUCCUGUAACACACAGCCUAAUCCUUCAGAUCAGCCCCCCUCUGAGCCUCCUCUAUAGCAUAUUCUAAAAUAUGAAUAGUCACCCACGAUGAACAGUCUUCUAACCAAAGGCUUUUGCGUAUAUAAACCUUCAUUGGUGAAGACAUUUGAUUCAGAUGACCUUGAUGUUAUUUGAUGUUCAGUACUAAUAAAAGUACAGAGAAGAUUUACAACAUUGUGAAAAUAUGUGUUUUCAGGUCUGUUUUUCAUCUGUGCCAAAUCUGACAAUAAAGAUGAUUACAGAUCAGUGCUUUUA